AUGAAUUCAAAUGCUCCGAGAUGUUGGUUACUUUUGUUCAUUGUGAUAGUGCUUGCAGUCCAAGCGGAGAGCGGCUGUUACAUAGAAGAUGAAGUAACGGUAACUGUUCUUAACAAGUUAGAAGAUACUAAAACUAUGAUAAUCCAGUGUCGAUCAACAGAUGAUGAUCUAGGUAAACAAGUAAUUCCGUAUGGCGAGCUUAUUCAAUGGAGGUUUAAGAUAAAUAUAGCGCAUUCCACGCUUUUCUAUUGCGAUGUUGAAUGGAGAACAUUUGAUGAAAAUGUAGGCGACAUUUGUAACGGUUAUCAUUUUAUUGUUUAUGAUGCCAAAAGAGAUGAUUGCAGGUGCAAACGUGAGUGUAACUGGGAGAUUAAAGACAACGGCCCUCUUGGUCAAGAUGAGAAAGGGGCAUGGGAAAACUUCCCAUAUGAACCCCAGACCUGUUCUGCAUCUUAA